AUGGAGAUGAAGAACUGCUCGGUGGUGACCGAGUUCAUCCUGUUGGGAAUCCCGCACACAGAAGGCCUGGAGUCUAUACUCUUUGUCCUGUUUCUGCCCUUCUAUGCUUGCACCCUGCUGGGAAAUUUGUUAAUCCUUGUGGCUGUUAUUUUUUCCUCACGCCUUCACACUCCCAUGUAUUUCUUCCUGGGGAACGUGUCUGUGUUUGACAUGGGCUUUUCCUCUGUGACCUGUCCCAAAAUGCUGCUCUACCUUAUAGGACAGAGCCGACUCAUCUCCUACAAGGACUGUGUCUCCCAGCUCUUUUUCUUCCAUUUCCUUGGGAGCACUGAGUGCUUCCUGUUUACCGUGAUGGCCUAUGACCGCUUCACUGCCAUUUGUUAUCCUCUGCGGUACUCAGUCAUCAUGAAUUCUAGAAUCUGUGUGGGCCUGGCUGUGGGUACCUGGCUGUUAGGAUGUAUUCAUUCCAGUAUCUUGACUUUCCUCACUUUCACCUUGCCAUACUGUGGUCCCAACGAAGUGGAUCACUUCUUCUGUGACAUCCCAGCACUCUUGCCCUUGGCCUGUGCUGAUAUAUCCCUAGCCCAGAGAAUGAGCUUCACCAACGUUGGCUUAGUAUCUCUUGUGUGCUUUGUCCUAAUCCUCACAUCCUACACUCGAAUCACAGUCUCCAUCUUGAGUAUUCGUUCAACUGAGGGCCGUCGCCAUGCCUUCUCCACCUGCAGUGCCCACCUCAUUGCCAUCCUCUGUGCCUAUGGGCCCAUUAUCACUGUCUACCUGCAGCCCACACCCAACCCCAUGCUGGGGACAGUGGUUCAAAUUGUGAUGAAUCUGGUGGAACCAAUGCUGAACCCUCUGAUCUACACCUUGAGGAAUAAGGAAGUGAAAUUAGCCUUGAAAAUAUUAUUGGGCAGGACAGGACACAUUCCUGAGAGUGCAUAA